AUGUCCCGCCACUCCAAACGCAUGUCCCGCCACUCCAAACGCAUGUCCCGCCACUCCAAACGCAUGUCCCGCCACUCCAAACGCAUGUCCCGCCUCUCCAAACGCAUGUCCCGCCUCUCCAAACGCAUGUCCCGCCUCUCCAAACGCAUGUCCCGCCUCUCCAAACGCAUGUCCCGCCUCUCCAAACGCAUGUCCCGCCACUCCAAACGCAUGUCCCGCCACUCCAAACGCAUGUCCCGCCACUCCAAACGCAUGUCCCGCCACUCCAAACGCAUGUCCCGCCACUCCAAACGCAUGUCCCGCCACUCCAAACGCAUGUCCCGCCACUCCAAACGCAUGUCCCGCCUCUCCAAACGCAUGUCCCGCCACUCCAAACGCAUGUCCCGCCUCUCCAAACGCAUGUCCCGCCUCUCCAAAAGACAUUGA